CUUCCACUCACUCAAUCAUCCAAAAACAAUUACUCACCACACUGACCUUUUUUAACUAAUGAAAAACAAAGUAAGCACUACUAUGUUUAUCCAUUGACAAACGUAUUACACAAUCACAACUCACCACCAGGAACAGUAUAAAAGUUGAAAAGUGAAGCCACACAACAGCAUAAGAAGAAGAGAAUAUGUUCAGCACAAUGUACAUUCACAUUCUUGCUAUAAUGCUGUUCAUAUUUGUCAGCAUGAACAGAGGCGAAUCGACUAAGUUAGAAGACAUUGAGAAGCUGCACUGGGAUUCUCUAGAGCGAUUACCGAGAUUUGCUCAGGCGGUUCUCAUCAAAGAAGGGGGGAUUGAACGACAGAAAGAUAAGAUUAUUAAUGCAACUGCAAAAACAGGCAACAACAUCAACAACGUUGAGAUGUACAUCAGUUGUUGGAGAAAAAUCUAUGAAGACCAAUAUGGACUGGAAUUAUUCAUGAAUGGCGUAUACAAACUUCAACACGAACCUGAACAAUUCGGUCCCUACACAGAGGAGCAUUCACUUCAACAGUGUGUCCAGAAUAAGGCUAAUACUUAUGCAGCUAAGUUGCCAUCAGUACAAGCAGCCAACUGUGAUAAGUAUAGAAUACCAGGACACGAACAAGAUUUCUAUGAAUUGCAGAACAAAAUAAAGUAUUCAUAUUAUCAAAGAAUGUGGUAUGGUGAAGCCAUUUUGUUCAAUAAAAUUCAUGAAACUGCCAUCGUGAAGUUGAGACUAGUUCGAGGAAGAAACUAGAGAAGAAUAUGGUUGUCCGGGUCACGCUGCUUGGGCAAACGUGUAUUCUGAACAUUAUAGAAAUGUGUUUAGGAGCUGUGGUAUUCAUGUACACUUUUAACUAAAUAACUCAUUCUCAUAAUGACGCUUACUGUCUUUCUUCUAAAUACAAUUUUAUCAUUCAAA